AUGUGCACGAAGCUCCAAAAGAAGAAGAAGAAUCAUCAAUUCCAGAGGCAUGAUCUGAGCCAUGACAGAAGAAGAGACAGUUGCAAUUAUGAAAUCCUAAGCAGUCUAAGUUUACCCGAUGAGAUCCUUUUGCGCUUUAUUUCCUUGAACGCAUUACAAACUAUAGCUCUUUCGACUCGAUGGAGAGGUUUUUGGAACAGGGUUGCUUUGCUAAGACAUGGUACUAUCGAAGAUAUUGACUGUGCUGCAAAAAAACUUCAUCUCGAUUUCUCCAAGGGGGAACCAGAAAUUCCGAAACAGUUUUUCUGGAAUUUAGUAUUGAAUAGCGUAGACCCUACCUACCAGCCUCCUUCCUACGCCAACUUUGUCAGAAGUCUUAAUUUAACAUCUGUGAGCUAUCUUACCAAGGAAAUUGUUUCUUCUCUGGUUUCAAACUUUCAAUCCCUUGAAAGUUUAACAAUUGCAAGGUGUGAGGGGUUACUAUCUUUGCGUGUUGAUGUUCUGUCAAAGCUCCUGAAUUUGACUAUUCUGGACUGUCCUCAACUCAUAUGCCUUUAUAUUGAAUCCUAUGAACUUCAAUCUCUUCGUUAUCGAGGGCCACUUUGCUGCUUUUUACUCCGGGGUGUGGUUGAUUUAGCAGAUGCCAUGCUUGAUUUCAGAUCUGGCCCAGGGUAUGAUCACUAUAAGUACAAGCAUUUUGAUCCACUGGUAGAAGCCGCAGGAGAUGUGGAAACCCUUACACUAUGUGGAUGGAUUUUUAGGGCAGUUAUCCUCCCACCACCAUCAAUAGAAUUCUCUGAACUCAAAGAUUUAUGGAGGAUAGAUAAUUCGAUGGAAGAACACAAUAUUGAAGCCUUGUUCACCUUUCUAACAGCAUGUCCUUCACUGAAAAGGCUGUUCAUAACUAUUGACCCUACAAGCUACCCCCCACCAAGCUCUUUGUCAAAGUGCUACAAUAAAUUAGGUAAGCAAGCAAAACUGCGGCAUCUCAAAGUGGUUAAAUUGGAAGGAUUCACAGAGGAUGAGAAUGUAAUUCUUUUGAAGGAGCUUUUGCUUGAGGUAUUCAAUGUGGAGCCACGAAUCAUAGUAGCAACAAAUGGGAGCUACCCUCGGACUAUAAUAAAGAUUCCAAAGCAUCAAAGGAAGAACAAUUAGAAAAUGGUGGAACCAAAGUCAGAAAGGUGGAAGUUCCUAUACAAGUUUGUGGAAGAACUUGAAAACAACACUGGGUUGUAUUCAAAACAUGCUCACUUUGAUUUGUAGAUACAAUUGUUUUAUUCACGAAACUAUAGUAUACACAGCUGGGCAUAUGCUUUUGUGGGUAAGGUUGUAGGGCUGGCAACUGUAUUGAUUCAACAGGCAGAAUUGUUGUGCAGGGUGGUGUUAGGGUACUGUAAUAAAGACUGUAUAAUUAAAUAGCUUAUUAGACACUUGCGAAUUUCCAAAUGAUUAUGCAAAUACAGUACACGAACAUCACCA